GUCCUUCUUUAUCUCCUGACUCUCUUUCAUCAAAUUCCCAAAAUCUUAAUCGAAGAGGGAAAAAAAAUCCCUAACCCUAACCGACCCUUUAAAUAUCUCUCUCUCUCUCUCUCUCUCUCUCUCUCAGCUCUCCCUCCUCUACUUCCUUUUUCCCCUCCAUCGGAUUUCUCCCUCUCUUUCGCUGUGGAAGACGACGGUCGAUGCUCCGUUCCGGCGAGCCUGUGAAGGUCCAAGGGGAGGGUGCUGCCGUUAAAUGCUCUCUCUCUUCUCUCUCCCUCAUUUCAUGUCUCUCAUCACCUGCCCCCUCCCUCCUCUUUCUCCAGGGUCUCCGAAAACCCUAGCUUCUUCUGACUCCUCCUUCCACAUACGCUUCAGACGCUGCAGGACGUCUCCGGACAACACGCGACGAUUGGGAUCGUAUAAUAGUGUUGUCAUCCAACGUUCGCAACAUGAGUGAUUCAAAAGUGAAAGCGAGCCCUGAAGUAUUUAUUUUUGGUUCAUUCACUGAAGAUGAAACCAAGUCAUUGCUGCUUGGUCAGUCGGCUAAGAGUGCUGAGAAGCCUGUAGGUAAAACUAAACCUCAAUUUGGUACGUUAAACAUCACGGUUGGACGGCCUCCGAAUGAUCAGAAGAGUCAAUCUAGCACCCAUCAGCAUUCUCUUAAAGGGACAGCUGGUUUGAAACCUUCCCGACAUCCUGAGAAAGAUGCUGAUCUACCGUCACUGAAAAUUGCUAAUGACAGUGUCCCUGUGGUUUCUGGUGCUUCCAAAGAAAAUGGAAACUUUCAUGGUUCUAGCCCUGUGUCCCCCCUCACUAAUGGUGUGAAAGAAUUGGAGAUAGACAACGGAGGUCUGGUAUCUUCAAAUGUAUUCCAGAGUGAAGACAAUGCCAAAAGUUUUUCUCAAGGAUCAAUAUUUGAUGUCCUUGACGGUGAAACAUCUGGAAAGGCGGACCAAGAGGGGACUAUUGAACAUUUGGCAGUGGCUUUGCGCAAGGAGGAAACAAAAGAUGAGUCAAAUGGACCUAUAUCAUCCACCAAAAGCUUGUUGCCGCGAGGCAUCAUCAACUCUGGAAAUUUAUGCUUUCUCAAUGCAACUCUGCAGGCCCUCCUCUCCUGCUCCCCUUUUGUGCAGCUACUGCUGGAUCUGACACACCGUGGCAUCCCUAAGGUGGGCUAUCCAACAUUAAAUGCAUUUGCAGAGUUUAUCUCUGACUUUGAGACGCCUGGAAGUCCAAGAAAAGAGAAAAAAGAUCCGAGUCCUAUUGACAUUGGACAGCCUUUUAGUCCUGCCAUGUUCGAAGUCGUUUUGCACAACUUUACUCCAGAUGUGAGGAAUAGUAUAUCAGGCAGACCAAGGCAAGAAGAUGCCCAGGAAUUUUUAAGCUUUGUUAUGGAUCAAAUGCAUGAUGAAUUACUCAAGAUCGGAGGGCAGUCUUGUCUGAGCAAUGAUAGAAAAUCUUCUUUACUUUCCACUGCCGAAGAUGAUGAAUGGGAGACUGUUGGACCCAAAAACAAAUCAGCUGUGACCAGAACACAAAGUUUUGUUCCUUCAGAACUUAGUGAUAUCUUUGGAGGACAGCUCAGAAGUGUGGUGAAGUCAAAGGGAAAUAAAGCCUCUGCCACAGUUCAACCUUUUCUUUUGUUGCACCUUGAUAUUCAUCCUGAAGCUGUUCGAACAAUUGAGGAUGCUCUUCAUUUGUUUUCUGCACUAGAAACUCUUGAGGGGUACAAAACAUCAGCUAGUGGAAAGGCCGGGGUUGUGGCUGCUAGUAAAUCAGUCAAGAUUCAGACACUCCCCAAGGUACUGAUAUUGCAUCUCAUGCGUUUUGGCUAUGGAAGCCAAGGGAGCACCAAGCUCCACAAACCUGUUCAUUUCCCUCUCGAAUUGGUGCUGGGUCGUGAGCUCCUUGUAUCUCCAUCCUCUGAGGGCCGAAAAUAUGAACUUGUUGCCACGAUAACCCACCACGGGAGGGAGCCAUCACGGGGCCACUAUACUGCUGAUGCCCAGCACUGUAAUGGCCAAUGGCUUCGUUAUGAUGAUGCGUCAGUGACCGCUAUUGGGACAACUAAGGUCUUGCAUGAUCAGGCAUAUGUUCUCUUCUACAGGCAAUUAUGAGAAUCGCUUUGACUGAUGCGUGUUUUUUAACUUAUUGAGAAGGUACAAAUAUUUACUGGUUAGUAAAUCUGUCCAUAUAUUGGUCCCGGGCCCCAUGACUCGGAUCUGUCCUCAGUGAAAUAUACAGAGAGGGGUUUUUAGGUGUAUACGUUUCUUUUAGGCUACUUGGGUUGUAAUCCUUCCAUUUCGGUGGACAUGUUAUUUAAGGGUUUAUCUGAUAUUUGAUGGAAAUUAUUGUCGAUCUUUCUUUAUCGAU